GUUGUUUUGGAAAACGGACAGGACGAAACCCCCCACGGCGCAACACCGGCAAAUGGAAUAACGAAGGUGGCGCAAGGACGAAAAAUGUCGAGAAUAAAUUGACGGAACGGCCUUUAAAUCGACACAUUAAAACAGCGGCAAACCUUUUGACCUGGCACUGGUCAACCAAGUGCCGCCGCACGCCAUCGGGUGAAGGAUCGCGCUGCGCUACACGAAGCGACGAUCGGUGCCACAGUGUCCCACAGAAUGACCCAGGCGGAGGAAGUGCUGGAGGUAAAAAAUCUUUACCACAGCAACGUACCGGACGAUCACCAUUCGCCGCACAACAACGCGAAGGACCAAGGACAGGGCAACGAUGAGGCGCCAAGUGAAGAACGGUCGAGUCCCGUGCACCAGCAACCGAUGGAGCUGGUGGUGGACACCGAAAAAGCGGUCCCAAGUGCGACAACCGAUGACACGCGGGUCGUCGCAUCGGAUCGCGACAGCGAACCGAUUGAUUCACGCAAGACCGACCAAUGGCACCCGCACGUGUACGCCUACCCACCGAAGCAGCCCCCAACGCCGCACUCCAUAAUGGACAUUCUCGGCUGGAAGGGUUGCUCCGGCAAAACGAAAGGUCCGACGGCGUUGACCGGCGAUCCACCCGAGAGAUCACCGAGUAGAGGUAGAACGCAGAGUCGUAGCCCCGCCAGUAUCCACAGGGAUCGACCGAACGAGGCGUUCUUCUGGAACCGAGCCCCGGAGGAUGAUGGGCAGCAUCUAGCGGACGAGGAGGACGACAUUACCGUCGAUCAGGACGACGACGAGGACGAUGAAGAUGAUGGUUUGCGUUCGCCCAGCCCGGCCGGAGAUGAGCCCUUGAAUCUUUGCAUAUCCAAAUCCACACCGACACGUCGGCUUUCGGCACAGGGAUCGGACCUACCGGGCCCGGGGAGAACGCGGAGGCACACUCCCUCCGAGGAAGACUCCACGCAGGAAUCGACACGGUCUCCUUCCCGGCGUCGGCCAGCGUCACACAAUAAUAAUGCUCAGCCGUCGGCGCGACUUUCGCUGCAGCGCCAACGAAGUGUCCCACUGCCGCCUGCUGCACCGCAAUCGAGCGACGCCGAGUCGGACAUUUGCAUGUCGAACGAUUCCUCCAUCGAUGGACGCUUUGCCAAUGGUGCUCCCGGGGGCUCGCAGAGCGUCACGGCCACGGCGGCCGCCAUUUCGUCGCUUUUUUCGCCACCGAAAGGGAUCGCCGGUAGUGCGGAGAGUAUUAGCAGCGGCGCUGUGACGACAACCCGCAGAGCCUCCCAAACGGGUGAACGGGAGGAAGACCCAGAACACGAGCUGACCGGUGGCGGCGGCGCUGGCCACCAUCGGCGCAAGAAGAAGGCUCGGACCACCUUCACGGGGCGCCAAAUAUUUGAGCUUGAGAAGCAGUUUGAGGUGAAGAAGUAUCUGUCGUCCAACGAGCGGACGGAGAUGGCCAAGCUGCUGAACGUUACGGAAACACAGGUUAAAAUAUGGUUUCAAAACCGGCGAACCAAGUGGAAAAAACAGGACAGUAGUGGCGGUGGAGCGGCGGCCACUGCCAGUGCGGCCGGGGAUGUGGCCACCAGUCCUUCGCCUGCCGCCUCCCAAUCCCCGAAGGAUUCGUCCAGCAGCAGCAUUUCCACGACGGGGGUGGCACUGGCACCGGCGGGUGGUGCGGCCUCGGAACCGAAAGCGAAACCACUGAGCUGGAUCAGUGAGCUCGAAAACCUGCAGGAACAGCAGCAGCGCCAAAAAGGUCGCUCUUUCGGAAAGCGUCGGAACUCCAAGAGCAGCAGCUUACUGGGGCGGCACCUGGCGGAGGAUAGUGAAACCGUCGCGCGAAGUAACCGUGGAGCAGCGCCCCACCACCAACAUAUGGAGCCCACCGCCAACCGGAACGGAACAGGCCAGAAGGAGCUUCUGCUGGCCAGAAAAUUACGGCGCGACGAGCAAACCUCGGUCGGUGAUAGCGACGGGGAGCAGCACGCUGAGGAAACGAGUCAGCCUAGUAGGCGAAAAAAGGCGACUCCCGCGGUCACCAACACCACGGCCAUCACCACAACGGCUUCGAACAACGGCCUGUGAACCGUGGGUUGCUUUGCGAGUGAUCUUGUUGUUUUUCUUUUUACUGUGCCAUUCAAGGAUCAUUAUCCUUUUGUCUACUUCUAAUUCUAUCAAACGGAGCUCGAGUCGUAUCGGCCAUUUGCCUGGGAGAGAGAGAGCUUAUUUUUGAUGCGUUAGUUUCAUAGUUUUGCUUUUAAGAAUAUAGGCGACUUUAGGAACUUUACCGAGAGUGAACUAAACACAGUGCAUGCGAUAUGAGAUUUUUUGAACGCAGUAGACAGAGAGUUAAAACCGAGCAAAACCUAACAAAUGAGAAUUGAUAGUUUUAGAAAAAAAAGCAGUGAAUUAUUGUGUUUUGUGCAACACGCUGAUGAAACACGAGAGGCAAAUGAAUAAAAACGAA